AUGUCUUCAGAAGAAAAGCCUGAUAUUAUCGAAGAGAAAAUAAUCGAAAAAACAACUGUACAAACAAUAUCGUCGAAAAAUGAUACAAAAGAAAAAUCAAACGUUGAAAUAAUAGAGCAAAAACAUGUUGAGGUAUCGGAAGAUAUACCUCCUGAACUGGAGGCUUUACUGCACACCGAUCCUUCUAAGGGUCUAACCGCCGAGGAAGCUAGACAGCGUUUAGAACAAUUUGGUAAAAAUGAAUUAGCUGAAGUAAAAACAAAUCCUUUUUUAAAAUUUUUGUCCUAUUUCACCGGUGCUAUCGCUUAUCUCAUUGAGAUUGCCUGUAUAUUUGCUGCUAUAUUACAAAAAUGGCUUGAAUUUGGUAUUAUUGUAGCUUUGCUUCUUGUAAAUGCCUUCAUUGGUUUCUUUGAAGAAGCUCGUGCCGAAUCUGCGUUAGAUGCUUUAAAACAAACCCUUGCCUUAAAAGCUAAAGUAUGGCGUGAUGGCCAAUUUAUUGAAGUCGAUGUUUCUGAUUUGGUUCCUGGAGAUGUCAUUGGUCUCAGACUUGGUGAUAUUAUUCCUGCUGAUGCUCGUUUACUCGGUAUUUCUGUCACUGGUGCUGAAACUGAAGGUCAUCUUUCAAUAGAUCAAUCCGCUUUAACUGGUGAAUCUUUACCUGUUGAAAAAAAGAAGGGCGACACCGUCUAUUCCUCUUCAAUAGUUAAACAAGGUCAAAUGUUGGCUGUCGUAACAAAAACUGGCGCAAAUACUUUUAUUGGCAGAGCUGCUAAUUUGAUUUCAAUUACUGUUGAACAAGGUCAUUUCCAAAAAGUUGUCAACGCCAUUGGAAAUUUCUUAAUUUUGAUCACUGUUGUUUUGGUUGCUAUCAUCCUUGUCUAUCAAUUGGUUAAAUACAGAGAUACCCCUAAAGGUCAUCCACUCGUUGUAUUAGGACAUGUUUUGGUUUUAACUAUUGCUGCUAUUCCUGUCGGUCUUCCUACUGUCUUGUCUGUAACUAUGGCUGUUGGUGCAAAACAAUUGGCUGCCAAAAAAGUCAUUGUUAAACGUCUUACUGCUGUUGAAGAAAUGGCUUCUGUUUCUGUACUUUGUUCUGAUAAAACUGGCACUUUGACUCUCAACGAAUUGACUUUUGACGAACCUUACCUUUGUCCUGGCUACACAAAAGAUGAUAUUUUACUCUGUUCCUAUUUAUCGGCCGAACCUGGUGCAAACGAUCCUAUCGAAUCUGCUGUUCGUUUUGCUGCUGAAUCUAGUUUGGAUGUAUUAAAGGAUAGGACAAACAAGAAUGAAGUUCCCGGGUACAAAGUCACUGCUUUUAUUCCUUUCAAUCCAACAACAAAAAUGACAAACGCCACGGUUGCAAAUCUGGAUACAAAAGAAGUUUUCAAAGUUGCAAAAGGUGCUCCUCAAGUUAUCAUUAAAUUGGUUGGUGGCGAUGAUGAUGCUGUGCAUGCUGUCAAUGCUUUAGCUAAACGUGGUCUACGUGCUCUUGGUGUGGCUCGUACUAAACCUGGAAAUUUGGAAGCCUAUGAAUUGGUUGGUAUGAUCUCAUUAUUAGAUCCUCCUAGACCUGAUUCUGGUGAAACAAUCAGACGUUGUAAAGGAUAUGGUGUGGAGGUUAAGAUGAUCACUGGUGAUCAAUUGAUCAUCGCAAAAGAAGUCGCUCAUAGACUUGGUAUGAAUCGUGUCAUCUUGGAUGCUAAUCAUCUUGUAGAUCCUGAAAAAAGCGAAGAAGAAGUCACCCAACAUUGUGAAAGGGCUGAUGGUUUUGCUCAAGUCAUACCUGAACAUAAAUAUCGUGUGGUUGAACUUUUACAAAAACGUGGACUGCUUGUUGGAAUGACUGGUGAUGGUGUAAACGAUGCUCCUGCAUUGAAGAAAGCAAAUGUUGGUAUUGCUGUACAUGGUUGCACAGAUGCCGCUAGAUCAGCCGCAGAUAUUGUCUUAUUGGCUCCUGGUCUUUCCACAAUUGUUGAUGGUAUUAUUACAUCACGUGCAAUUUUUCAGCGUAUGAGGUCUUAUGCUUUGUAUCGUAUCACCUCCACUGUUCAUUUCUUAAUUUUCUUUUUCUGCAUCACACUGAUAGAGGACUGGGAGAUGAGUCCAAUUCUUUUGAUUCUUAUAGCUUUGUUGAAUGAUGCUGCCACUUUAGUCAUAGCUGUAGAUAAUGCAAAGAUUUCAUCAAAUCCUGACAAAUGGAGACUUGGACAAUUGAUUACUUUGUCAUUGGUGUUAGGUGUACUUUUAACAGCUCUUUCAUUUGCGCAUUUCUAUAUUGCAACUUAUGUUUUUGGAAUUAAUAAAGAUGACGAGAGAUUAGAGACUAUCAUGUAUUUACACAUUUCAUCAGCUCCACAUUUCGUCAUUUUCUCAACUAGAUUAUCGGGAUACUUUUGGGAAAAUUUACCAUCACCAACUUUCUUCAUAGCUGUAAUGGGUACUCAAGUAUUUGCUAUGUUCAUCUCAAUUUAUGGUGCUUUAACUCCUGCUGUUGGAUGGGGAUGGGGUGUUGGUAUCAUAGGAGUUUCAUUGCUAUACUUUGUAUUUUUAGAUAUUGUUAAAGUUGCUAUAUUUAAAUAUUGGUCAUUUGAAUUAACAGCAAGAUUAUGGCCAUCAAAAGCUCAUAAAACCAAGUUAAGUGGUCGUAAAUCAGAUGCUUUAUAUCAAGCCAGAAUUUCUAAAAGUGUUGCAAAAGUACGUAAAGUUAUUUUAAUUUGUAAAGUUUUAUUGGCUUUUGAACAAGCAAAGAAAUUAAGCACAAAGAAAGCUAUUGCUGGACCAUCGACAUCAUCAUAA